GAAGUUUAAUCUCUCUCCCCUUUCUCUUUCUCUCUCGACAGGUUUCUCUGCAUGACAUUGAUGAUGGCUACUCUCUCUUUACUUGUAUAAUUUAUAAAUGUCAAAGAUUAUUUCUUUUUAAAAUUUCCUUCGAACCCAUCUCUGGUAUUCUUUUAUUAUUAUUGAUCUGAAGGAACAACGAAACCCCAACAAAUCCCUGUUUCUUGAUUUCCACUUCUCAACAGCUGCCUGACUUAAAGAUUCAAUCUUUAAUGGCGGAACAUCUCAAUAAACCUGGAAAGAACAAGGGAUUCUACGUAAGAAUGAGGUUCUCUCACACCAGAAACAAAUCAUCGUCUUCAUGCUAUAGAUAUGUUAGAUUGGUCCUCUGGUUUUCAACCUCUUUAUAUUUUCUCACCUCCUAUCUCAUCAGCAACAACAACAACAGCUCCCAUAACCCUAAUAGUCUAGCUAAAACAACUGUUUCUCUUUCUAAUUCUGCCAUUGCCUCUCGUGCCCUUUCAGAAUCAGAGCACAAACCAGCAUUUCUCUCUCAACAAGGGACAUUGAAGAGAUUCAAGAUAUAUGUCUACGAUUUGCCGUCGAAAUACAACGAGAAUUGGUUGUCAAACGCGCGAUGCAGCAAACAUUUGUUCGCUUCAGAGGUCGCCAUUCACAAAUCUCUCUUGAACAGUGACGUACGAACGCUUAAUCCUCACGAAGCAGACUUCUUCUUCGUCCCAAUCUACGUUUCCUGCAACUUCAGCAAUGUCAAUGGCUUUCCCGCCAUUGGCCAUGCACGGUCUCUGUUCUCAUCAGCAGUUCAGCUUAUCUCCAAUGAGUUCCCUUUCUGGAAUCGGAGCCGAGGCUCCGACCAUGUUUUCGUCGCUUCACACGAUUUCGGAGCGUGCUUCCAUACAAUGGAAAAUGUCGCUAUUGCAGAUGGGAUACCGAAUUUCUUGAAGAACUCCAUUUUAUUGCAGACUUUUGGGGUGACAUAUAAACACCCUUGUCAGGAAGCCGAUCACGUGGUGAUUCCUCCGUACAUCUCGCCGGAGAGUUUAAAAACGACCCUGAAUAAGUUCCCGGCGAAUGGAAAACGAGAUAUCUUCGCUUUCUUCAGAGGUAAGAUGGAAGUCCACCCCAAGAAUAUCAGCGGCCGGUUUUACAGUAGACGAGUACGGACGGCGAUAUUGAAAAAGUAUGGAGGGGACCGUAGAUUUUACCUUAAGAGACAUAGGUUCGCCGGUUACCAGUCGGAGAUAGCCCGGUCGGUUUUCUGCCUAUGCCCACUUGGGUGGGCCCCAUGGAGUCCAAGACUGGUCGAGUCCGUUGCAUUAGGGUGCGUCCCUGUGAUAAUAGCGGACGGAAUCAGUCUUCCAUUUCCGGGCGCCGUUAAGUGGCCGGAGAUAUCACUGACGGUGGCUGAGCGCGACAUUGAUAAACUAGGGUCAAUAUUGGAUCACGUGGCAUCGACGAAUUUGACCGUGAUCCAGCGAAACCUUGGAAAUCCGGCGAUAUCUAGGGCUUUACUAUACAACGACGAUAGGGUCCGGGAAGGUGAUGUGACGUGGCAGGUGGUGGAAUCGCUGUUUGAAAAGUUGAACCGGAGAUCUAGCCAAUGGAGGGUUGACACGUAAGAUGAAUGAGAUGGCGUGUUUUUGACUUUAUCUACGUGGAAGCACGAGAUGUUGUGUCGGAGUAGUAUUAGCGGAAGACAGCUGGAACACAUCAUAGGUGUUGGACUGUGGGUGGGCUCCACUUUUCCUAUUGGGGAUAGAUGUGCGGUUAGGCCCCACAGUGACACGUCGGAUUUUGUAAGCUGCAUAAAAAGGGAAGGUGGUGUGGCCGCUGGAAAUUUAAUUUAUUAAAGGCCUGUUUGGCCCAUAUGCUUUUGCUUCACAUUCUUCAUAAUUUCCAUGUAUAUAUAUAUUUUUUAUAAUUUUAAAAUAAUACAUGUUUCUCUA